GAGUCUGCAGCAGUACUCCAGGAAGCUGAAACAACGUCCAGGCGGCGGCAGACCUUUGCGGAAUUCACCACUUUGCUGGGGGAGGAAGUCAAGGAGGCCGCAGAGGAGUCAAUGACCGAGGCCAAGCAGGCAGCUGAAAGAACGUUGAGACAGGCCAAGAGCCUUAUCGAAGACCACUUUCACAUCGAUGAGGCUUUCCGAAUGCUGGGCCCCCUUGCACAAGAUUCCAACCUGGCGCGAGAUAUGCACGACUGGUUUAAUCUGGUGGCCUUGCUGCCA